AUGUCGACCUUUGGCCAAUUCCUGCGCGUAACGACCUACGGCGAGAGCCAUUGUCCUAGCGUUGGAUGUAUCGUCGACAACUUUCCUCCUGGAAUCCCGGUCUCAGAAGAGAUCCUCCAGCCCCAGAUCUCCCGCCGUCGCCCCGGUCAAAACUCUCUUACGACACCUCGCAAUGAGGCCGACCUUGUGUCAAUCCAGUCCGGCGUGGAAGGAGGAAUCUCACUCGGGACCCCGAUAGCCAUGGUCGUCAAGAACCAGGACCACCGUCCCGCAGACUACAAAGGCGAUACCAUGAAGCAGUACCCUCGCCCUAGCCAUGCCGAUUUCACCUACCUCGAGAAGUACGGCGUUCGAGCAUCAUCUGGCGGCGGCCGUUCGAGUGCGCGCGAAACAAUUGGCCGUGUGGCGGCAGGCGCUCUUUGCGAGCACUACCUUAAACUCGCCCAUGGGAUUGAGAUUGUUGCUUGGGUCUCAUCUGUCGGAAAUAUUCAUCAAAACCCACCAACAGCAGAGUACCCUAUUACUUCUCAUAACCCCAAGUUUCUCCAACUGCUUCAAGAGGUUUCACGGGAAUCCGUUGACAAGUCGCCAGUCCGGUGUCCAGACCCGGAAGUUGCUGCCAAAAUGGAGCAAUGCAUUGCUGACUUCCGAGACCGCCAGGACAGUAUCGGCGGCACAGUUUCGUGUGUCAUUCGAAACGUUCCCACUGGACUUGGCGAACCGGUGUUUUCAAAGUUGGAGGCAACACUUGCCCACGGAAUGCUGAGCAUUCCCGCAACAAAGGGAUUCGAAAUCGGCUCUGGAUUUGAAGGAACAGAAAUCCCAGGGUCCGCCCACAAUGACAUGUUUAUUAAGCACCCUGAUACCACUGCGUCAGGUUCCAAGAACGGAUUUGCGCGACCAACGCUUGCAACGUCAACGAAUAAUAGCGGAGGUAUCCAGGGAGGAAUCACAAACGGCGCGCCCAUCUUUUUCCGUGUCGCUUUCAAGCCGCCUGCAACGAUUGGAUUGCCUCAAGAGACGGUCACAUUUGCGGGAGAAAGAGAUGGGCUUUUAGAGGCCAAGGGGCGUCACGAUCCCUGCGUUGUUCCACGCGCGGUCCCAAUCGUGGAGGCCAUGGCUUCAAUUGCCAUAAUGGACGCUCUUCUGCUGCAAGGUGGUAGAAGGAUGGCGACGCUCUCGUCAUGA